AGCUUCUCAUUGUAAAAUAAAAUAAAGGGUGAAAGAAUUUAAUAUGUAGAAGAACUUGACUCACAGAACUCAUGAAGAUUAAAAUGAAUAUCAUCAUUGAAUGGUUCGUCUAGUUCAUAAAUCUUGUGAAGCUCAAAAACUAAACCAGCAAAGUUUUAACAUCUUGUAUCAGAUUGAGUGUGUAACAAGUUUUCAAGACAUAUGACAGGACACUUGCUACGUAUAGUGUUUCUACUUUCUUUCGCUCUUCCUUUUAUUGUUCAUGCCCAGAACAACCAAUCAGGAUUCAUUAGUAUUGACUGUGGACUAGUGGAUGAACCAAAUUACACAGAUGAAAUUACUUCCAUCUAUUAUACUUCGGAUGUUAACUUCACAGAUACUGGUGUAAGUAACAACAUAUCAUCUAAACACAAGGCUUCCCUUAAAAGACAGUUUUGGAAUGUUCGAAACUUCCCAGAAGGAACCAGGAACUGCUACACCCUUUUUGUUUCACAAGGCAGUAGCAAGAAAUAUUUACUCCGGGCCAGUUUUGUGUAUGGUAAUUAUGAUGGUAAAGACUCUCUUCCUGAAUUUGAUAUCUAUCUUGGAACCAAAUGGUGGGAAUCUGUAGUGUUUGAGGAUUCAUCCGGUGUAAUAACCAAGGAAAUCAUUUAUGCUGCAUCCUCAGAUUAUGUUCAUGUUUGUAUGUUUAAUACUGGCAAGGGUACACCUUUUAUUUCAGUUUUAGAGCUUAGAGUUCUUAACAGUGAUGCCUAUCUUUUUAACUCUUUGGAGCUUUUGGCGAGGUUUGAUGUAGGCACAAAGGGUGGUAAAGAAAUCAGAUAUCCAGAUGAUAUUUAUGACAGAACAUGGACAUCUUAUAAUUCAAUUGAUUGGGAAAAAAUCGACUCUUCACUCACCAUGGACCAAAGAGCACCUCCAUUCAACUUUUUAAUGGCACCACCCUCCACUGUCAUGAGAACAACAGCAAUUCCAGCAAAUGCCAGUGACAACAUGGAAUAUUCCUUCCUUCCCAAGUAUAAUGCCUCCACAUAUUAUGUGUACAUGUACUUUGCUGAAAUCCAGAAGAUCCAGGCAAAUCAAAUUAGAGAGUUCAACAUUUUUGUAAAUGGGGAGCUUUUAAAUAGUGAUCCAAUCAAUACUGUGUAUCUUCAAAACCUGUAUUAUUUAUCAGUUAUUAGUGAAACGAAGUUGGAACAUUGGUUUAAUAAGACUAGUAGAUCAACUCUUCCACCACUAUUUAAUGCCGUCGAGAUAUAUACGGCAAAGGACUUCUUACAAUCAGAAACAUAUCAAACCGAUGUUAAUGCUAUCCUAAAUGUGAAGUCAACUUAUGGGAUCAAGAGAAACUGGCAAGGAGAUCCUUGUACUCCAGUGUCUUACUUGUGGAAUGGUUUAAACUGCAGCUAUGUUGGUACGGAUUCACCAAGGAUCAUAUACUUGAACUUAACUUCCAGCGGUUUAAUUGGAACUAUAGCUUCUGGGAUAUCCAAUCUGAAGUCAAUAGAGAGUUCUUGAAUCUAUUAUGUACACGAAAAACAAAUAGCAAGCUAGUAAGUUGAUCACUAAAAUGAAGCAUACUCUUAAAGUUGAGUAAAAACAUUUUGUUCCAAUAUUAGGGAUUUGUCAGAUAACAAUUUGACUGGUGCAGUGCCAGAUUUCCUAUCUCAGCUGCGCUUCUUGAGAGUUCUAAACUUGGAAGGAAAUCAGCUAGCAGGAUCAAUUCCAGUACAACUCCUUGUGCGUUCAGAAAAUAGUAUGCUCGAAUCCAAUUUUGGUAGAAAUCCAAAUCUUUGCACCUCAGGUUCAUGCAACAAGAGGAACAGGAACAAG